CAGUCACUUGGAAGUCACUACCAGUUACGUAUAUCCAGUUCAACAUGCGCUUCACUCUGCUCGCUGUCUUCCUCUUCGGAGUGAUCUUGGCCGUGGUAUCCGCCGGUGGAAAUGGAGGUGGUGGAGGUGGCCAAGGAGGCUGGCAGAAGGGCGGUGGAGGAGGAGGCGGUGGCCAAGGAGGCUGGCAACAGGGAGGAGGUGGAGGCGGUGGCCAGAAGCAUGGAGGCGGCGGUGGAGGCGGCCAGGGAGGCUGGCAGAAGGGCGGCGGAGGCGGCGGCGGUGGUGGCAAGCACGGCGGUGGAAAUGGCGGUGGUGGCAAGCACGGAGGCGGUGGAGGAGGUGGUGGUGGUGGCAAGCAUGGAGGCGGCGGCUGGUAAACCCGGAAGAUCCCCAAACGAACCACUGAAAACCCACCCAGAAACUCUAUACGAUCUGAUGCAGCAUGCCAAACCAAAUUCCUUGACCAUGCUGAUCGCCUAACAGCAAAACCUCUCUCGUCUUUUUCCCAUAAUCAUUUGUGUUAAUCAAAAACUUUAUAGAUUUCUUAAUUGUUAAACCAAAAUAAAUAUUAUUUCUUGCAAUACAAAA